UUGACCUCUCGUGGACGCUAUGGCGGCAACGUGACCGGUGGGUGUGUUCGGAUUCUAUUCCGAGGAAAAAUAUCUUCAAUUUUGGACCAAAUUAUCCGAUUCUUCCGCGCCCAGCCGGAGAUUCGUCGAUUCCAAAUGUUCCCGGGACAAACAUAGGCCCCGAAAGAUGGAGGAUUGUGAAUCCAUUUUGAAAUUUAUGGCGGAAGACUUGCAGCCGAAGAAAGUGCGGCUGAUUGACCUGAAUCCGUACAUCGUGUGUCGUUUGUGUGGAGGUUACCUGAUCGAGGCCACCACCAUCACUGAGUGCCUGCACCCCUUCUGUCACAGCUGUCUCCUCAAACACCUGGACUUCAGCAACAGGUGCCCCACAUGUAACGUCAUUAUUCAUGAAACAAACCCCCUGUACAACAUCAGACCAGACAGGACUCUACAGGACAUCAUAUACAAGCUCCUCCCAGCCCUUGAGGAGGAUGAGAAGAAGAGAGAGAAGACUUUCUAUGAAGAGAGAGGGAUAGAAUACCCGCUUCGGCCGCCUACACCCCCACCUCCCCCUCCUAAGCCAAUCAGAAAACCCCUUGCCCAGAAGUCCACCAAUCAGGAGCCGUCAUAUGAGGACUCACAGGUGUCGCUUUUGUUGGAGUUCUCUGGUACCAACCCUGGUGUGGCCUCUCAGAUUAAGCCAUUGAAGAAGAAAUACGUUCGGGUUUCAAACCAGGCUACAGUGGGCCAUGUGCAGAAGUUCCUCCUGAAGAAACUGGAGUUGGAUUCAGACACUUUCCAGGUUGAUGUUCUGUGUAAUGAUGAGGUGAUUGACCGCGGCCUGACGCUCCAGACCGUGGAGGAGAUCCUGGCUCAGAAGGUGGACGGGCUGAUCGUGCUGCACUACAGGGUGGGGAAGUACUCCCCUGUCUCAGGGGACCACACCAGGGACUUCUGACAACCUCCAACAUCGUCUGUCAAACUUAGACCUGGAACAGUUUGUUACACCAUGGUCACACCAGGAACGGUUGUGCAGCAAACUGUAUCACUGUAGCUUACUACAAGUCAAGGGGGUUUGGAACCUCCUUACGUGGGAUCUGUAUCUGGAACUGAUUUUUUAAGGUCCACAGACUUCUGAAUGUUGUUGUCUGGAAGGAUUUGAAGUUAAUUUGUAUCUUGAAGCAGGCUCUGGCUAGCUUUCCUGGACUCUAAGGACUACAAUCUACGGUUAGAUUUUAACCAUGAGCACGAAUGUUGAACGGCUAGCUCAUCAGUAUUCCUGGGUCUUCUGUUAGCUGUUAUGAUUUGUGAUAACUUUCACCAUGAACUGUUAGUGACAAGAAUAUAACAACUGUUAUUGAACCUGAAGCAAGCUGGAUUGCUAGUAAACUAUAACUUUGUCAUCUGGAAGUAAAAUCAAGAGUCUAGUGAAUAUACUAGACACUUGAAGCAAGCUGGAUGAUCAUUUCGAUAGUACAAAGUUGACAGCAUGGACUCAUUGUAAUGAAGGACAGAAAUAGCAGAAUUUUACCCAAAA